CAGAGGGCACCGCGGUGGCCUCUCUCGUGGAGGAAUGGCACAGCCUGGGCGGGAGGCUGCGUGCCCCUUUCGAGGUCACAGGAUUCAGCCAAGAGCUUUGUCAGUGGAAAUAAAAGGCAUAGACAGAUCUGACCUAAAGACUUUUAGUAAGAAAAAUCGUUAAACACAAAGAAUUGAAGAAAGAUGUCCUGGAAAUGGAGUGUACAUAUCAUCAUUUUGGUCAUCCAGGCGAGGCCACCUGGGAUUCCUACACCACCUGAGGACUGCCUUCACGCCCAGGACGGGGUCGGCGCUGGCUUUAAUUCGACACAGUACGAUGAUGAGUAUGUUUUGAAAUCACAUUCUAAAGAAGAUUGGAUCAAAACCAGGACUUCAAAAAGUAUCAGGAGCCAAAACUAUGAUCCCAGUCAAGGACAAUCAAUGGCAUCAAUAAAGAGCCACCUCCAUUGGAAAAUCACUGCUUCAGAGGAAGUGGUUAAGAAGGCAAUAUCAAAUCAGUUUAUUUCCACUACUAGAAGAGACUUUGUGGACAGAUCAAAAGUUCAGAAGAUUAAAGAAAGUUCUCAGACGUUUCUGGAAUGGAAAAAGUUACUUCCUCGACCUGGAACUGAAUUUCGACGGAAUUACCAAGUUCCAGCUAAAAUUCCUGAGCUGCAGGACUUUAGUUUCAAAUAUGAAUGCUACUCAAGCCUACCAGUUACCUCUCAGGGUCUAGUCCCUUCCAUGCCCUACAGCCACAUGAGGAAUCAAGAGCAUAAAAAAAACCAGACUACGUACCAAAGCGAUUACGGGAAAACCUCCCUGGAUUUCUUAGUGAUUUUAAACUCAUUUACUCCCUCUCAAAUCACAGAGUACCUUCAGGGUCUUUCCUACAAAGACAGAGAAAUUCUUGAUCGCUUUAUUCACUCUCACUAUGGCGAUGACAUGGGACAGAAAAAUAAAGGAAACAGUUGA